CCAUUUUGCUGCCUUGUUCAGGGGGGGCCCAAAUGGAAUCCUGGGCUCUCCCUUGGGCCUAAAUUGAACCCACGGCUGUCCCAAUCGUUUUUUUAUGUUUGCAUUAUUAUUAUUGCGUUGGAAAAAGCGUGCAAAACGUGUGAACGUGGCUUCCCGUGUGCCCCUGCUUUUGCAAGAAAGGAAAGGAAGGGGAAAGAAACCUGGAUUUAGGGGGCCUUUGCUUGCAAAGAGGCCUGGGUUGGAUCCGGAGAGACGCUAUUCAGCUUUUUUGCUUAUAUAGUUGCGUGAAUGCAACUAGGCUUGGACACAGGGAAAUAACCCCGAAGCAGGGCGUCAAAGGCCCCACUUCCAAGACAAGCCCACCAUAAGGAUGGCAAAUCGUUGCUCAGUAUCCAGCUGCCUAAAUCGCCGCUGGCGUGGCACUCGCAUCACCUUUCACAGAUUUCCUCUUACAAAGGAAGACCAAUUGAAAAAGUGGCUUGCAAAUAUUGGACGUCCCAACUUCACUCCAUCGUACAACGAUGUCGUUUGCUCUGAGCAUUUCAAAAAGACUGAUUUUUGGGCGAACGUGGCUUCUGGGAGGAGAGAACUGAAGCCUGGAGCAGUCCCAACUGUGUUUCGGCUACCUGGCCGGCCAAAAAGGGGUCCUAAAAGGAUUAGUGCUAGAAAGAGAUUUACCCUUAUCCGGCAUAAGACACCAGUUCCCAAACCGAGCCAUUCACCAGAACCUGGUGAUAGUAAAGCCGAAGUGCCAUCCCCCAAGAGUGACAUCGUAACACUGGAACAUUCCUACUCUGUUCCAACAAGCCCAGCCUCCUCUGCCUUGGAUCUUCGGAUUGCGCCGACACGGGACCAAGGCGCAGCAGAUGUUGAAGCGCGGAAAAGCCUUCGGCUGCUCCAGGCCAAGUCCAAGAGAGAAAGCAUGGAAAAAACAAGCCUGGAAGAGCAGAACCUGGACCCUGAGGAGCAGCGCCUGCAUUUCAGGAGAUUCUGCUACCAAGAGGUCGAGGGGCCCCGCACGGUGUGCAGCCACCUCUGGGACCUUUGUUGCCAGUGGUUGAAGCCCGGGAGGAACACCAAGCUGCAGAUGCUGGAGUUGGUGAUCCUGGAGCAGUUCCUCUCCAUCCUGCCCCAGGAAAUGCAAGGCCACGUCAAGGCAAAGACACCUUCAAGCUGCGACGAAGCAGUAGCCCUGGCAGAAGAUUUCCUCCACGCUCAGCAAGAAGAAGAGGACGUGGUGGACGAUGCCUUCAAGGCAAAGAAGCCUCUCUUAGAUGUGGGUCCUGUCGAAAAGCCGGAUGGAAACGCUCCUGAAUUAGGAGAUGACAUUGGAGCAGUAGAGAACCAAGCAGAGAGCCAUCGAGACGAAGGCCUUGAUGCAGAAGCAGGGAUGGUGCUGGAGAACAUUUCUUCCGUGAUAGAAGUUGCCGAAAGCGAGGCGUGGGCCCUCCACGAUGAGGGAGAGCCCAGCGUGGUGUUACCUGAAGAAAGCAAAGGGAAUCCUGCAAAUAUGGAGGGCAGUGAAGCCAAGGAUAAGGAGACAACCAUAGGGAAUGAAAAUGAGAGCGGUGAGCUGGAAAGAUCUGAGCAAGUGGACAGUGGCGGGGGAACAUCACUAGAAGAGGCCAAAGGGAAUGAUAUGCAGGAUUUUAAUGUUCAUGACCGCUUUCAAGAGGGAGAAGGCCCAUAUGGAUGUUCUAAGUGUGGAGAAAGCUUCAGUGAUAAAUCCCUCCUCCUUGAGCACAGAAAAUCUCAUCCAGCAGAGAAGCGAUAUGGCUGCUCAUUGUGUGAAAAAAAGUUCAAUAAGAAAGCAUGUCUGAUUGCACAUGAGAAAUCUCACACAGAAGAUAAACCUUAUCAGUGCUCCGACUGUGGGAAAGCUUUUAGUCAGGAAUCGUCCCUUGUGACACAUCAAAGGAUCCACACUGGAGAGAAACCCUAUGAGUGCCAGGAGUGUGGGAAAAGCUACCCCUGGAAAACAUCCCUUACUGUACAUCAGAAAAUCCAUGCAGGGGAGACCUUCUCGUGCCAACUGUGUGAGAAAACUUUCAAUCAGAAAUCAUUACUGAGGAUACACCAGAAGAUUCAUACAGCAGAAAAGCUGUACAAGUGUGCAGACUGCGACCAGAGUUUCACCCUGGAAAAAUACCUCAAUGCCCACAGGGUGAGGGCUCACACUCGGGAGAGGCCACACGCUUGCUCCCACUGUGACAAAACAUUCAUUUUUAAGUAUUCUCUCAUUGAACACGAGCGGAUGCACACAGAUGAGAGGCCUUACGAAUGCCCGGAUUGUGGGAAACGCUACAAUGGGAAAGCUGCCCUCGUUGUCCAUCAAAAUACCCAUGCGGGGCAGAAGACAUUUCUGUGCCCUGAGUGUGGUAGGAGCUUCAAAACCAAAUGUGCCUUGACUGGACACGAGAAACGCCACAGAGGAGUGAAGCCCUAUACAUGCUCGCAUUGUGACAAAAGCUUCUUCUGGAAGCACCUCCUUGCUUUACAUGAGAGAAUCCACACAGGAGAGAGACCGUAUAAGUGCACCGAGUGCGACAAAAGCUUCCGAUAUAGGAACAAUUUGGCUAUACACAAAAAGAACAGCCACGAGACCAUCCUCAAAAGGGAGAGGACCUACCAGUGCUCAAUUUGUGGCAAAAGUUUCCGCUGGAGAAGGAGUUUUGUCAUGCACGAAAGAGCCCACACAGGGGAGAAACCCUACAAAUGCCUCGACUGUGGGAAAAGCUUCAUGAGCCGUGUGUCCCUUAUUGUUCAUAAGAGACUGCAUACGGGAGAGAGACCCUUUCACUGCCCUGAAUGUGGGAAGAAGUUCAUUAAUAAACAGGCCCUGAGUAAACACAAAAUCGUCCAUACAGGAGAGAGGAGAUAUUCGUGCACUGUGUGCGAGAAAAGGUUUGCCAAUAAAGGCAACCUAAUGAGACACAUGAAGAUCCACACAGGAGAGAAACCAUACAGUUGCCCCAUAUGUGGAAAAAGCUUUAUUCAGAAGGUUUGCCUCCUGGAGCAUGAGCCGACCCAUCGCCAAGACAAGCCGUAUGUCUGCCCAGACUGCGGCAAAAAAUUCAAACGGAGAAAAGGCUUCCUUUCACACAUGAGGAUGCAUAGGGGAGAAAGUGCACCAGAACCAGCAAAGAAAAGUGUGAACAAUGAGGAGUCCAUUCUUACAAGCAGCAAAACCCCAGCCAAAGAGAAAUUGCAUCCGUGCCCAACUUGCGGCAAGAACUUCAAAUCAAGGUGCCACCUUAUCCUUCACCAGAGAACCCACACAGGAGAGAAACCCUAUCAGUGCUCCGAAUGUGGAAGACGUUUCAGUCAACAGUCAUCGCUCAACACACAUCAGAAGGUCCACACAGGCGAAAAGCCCUCUUUGUGUACGGAGUGCGGAAAGAGCUUCCAUAAUAAAAGCAAUUUAGCCCGGCACCAGCGAAUCCACACAGGGGAGAAGCCGUUCAUGUGCCAAGUGUGUGGGAAGAGCUUCAACCAGAAGGCUUCCCUGGUGGCGCACCAGACGACUCACAGUCAAGACAAGCUCUAUUCAUGCCCAGAUUGCGGGAAGACCUUUAAGCUGAAAGUGUCCCUCCACGUACACCAGAGAACCCACACGGGUGAGAAGCCCUACGCAUGCUCUCAGUGUGAGAAGCGAUUCAUUAGACGUUCCCAGCUGAGACGGCAUGAAAAGACACACGCAGGUGUUUCAUCUUCGGAUACAACCCAGAUAAUUCUGCCUAUUUCUGAACUAGCCAUGGAAACGACAGAAUCUACGGAGAUAUGUGUGGAAACGUUUAACGCUACUGUGGUGAAUGUGGAUGGCGAGUUAUUUCUUGUGCAAACUUCUGCAUAAAUCAGGAUCAUCUUCAUUGGGAACCAAGCUUCGGUUCAAGAUGGUCUGUCUGUCUGGAAAUGGAAGUUUCAGAAUAUUCCUCUUUGCUUAUUUUCUGUAUUAUAUUUUUUGUUAUACCAGUCUACAGAAAACAUAUUGAGAGCUGUUUAUGGUUAAAUCCUUCCUUUAAAAAAAGAAGCAAUAAUAUAAAAUGUAUAAAAGGGGGAAGGAAGGGAGAAAAUAUAUCUUGUAUUUAUAUAUUUCUCAAAAUGUGUCUAUUAUUUCCCAGCCAGAUGCUCUCCAUAACAAAAACUUGGAAAGGGGCGUAUGUUUGGGUUUAAAUCCUGGCUUUCAGCCAUUGCUAGUUGGAAAAAUUGGAGGUUUCAAGCCAGAAAUGCAGACCCUGAACUUGGGAAGAUUGAGAAAGGCUAAUAUAGACAAAUAGAAGCAAGGAUGGAGAUGAAAUCAAUCCUUCAUUUUAAAAAUAUAAUUGUUUGAAUGAAAUAAUUUUGAUAUAAUAAUAAUAAUAAUAAUAAUACAAUUUUAUUUCUAACCUGCAUCUCUCUCUCCCCAAAAGGGAUAUAGUCUAGUAGAAGCAAGGAUGGAGGUGAAAUUCAUCCUAUACUUGUUUGAAUGAAAUAUUUUAUGUCUCUCUGGAUGCAUCUCCAUUAUAGAAUUAAUGUGAUUGCAUAGGGCCAGUGCAAUGGAAUCACAGGAGUUGUAGUUUUACCAGGUCUCCUUUUAGCCUCCUCUGCCAAAGAGUGAGUGCUGGUGCCUCACCAAACUAUAACUCCCAGGAUGCCAUAGCAUUGAGCCAAGGCAUUUAAAAAUGGUAUUAAACUACAUUCAUUCUAGAGUGAAGAUGCACUCCUAGCAUGGACCUUGAGAACUAUUCAUCAAGCAGGACGGAUACUCUCUGAUACACACACAGUCACUUACCUCCUAAAUCUUGAUAGCCCAAAGGAUGCGCGCUGGAUCUCUUUGUGUUCAAGGUUGUACUAUCUGUGUGUCCACUGCAACUUAUAUCUCAGCAUUAGCGCAUCCUGUUAAUCUUGCCUGUAUAUCCCACCAUUAUGAUCUUCAUGCGAAACCAAUUAAUCAAUGGAGAUGAAGUCAAUCUCCAUCCGUCCAGUCUUCUUUAUUAUUGGUUUUCUUUCAGUUUGAAUAUGCUGUAGAAUUAAUGUAUUCUGAUACCACUGCAAUCUCCCUGGCUAAAAGCCAUGGGAUCUUGGGAGUUGUAGUUUGGUGAGGCACCAGCACUCUUUGGCAGAUAAGGUUGAAGACCUUGUAAUACUACGAUUAACAGGAUUCCAUAUCAUUGACCCAUGGCAAUUAUUGGGGUUUCAAAGUGCAAUAAUUCUGCAGUUUGGAUGCACCUGUGUUCAUGCAUAAGAUAAAGCAUUUCCCAUUCUUGUUUGAUUGAAUUUUCUUUUAACUUGAUUUGUGGGAUGCUGCUCUGAAUGCUUCCAAUUAUUUUGUAUAAUGGCCAGAGAUUAUUUUGGACUGCAACCUCUUCGACUUAAAUAAAUUGACGUUGUCUGCA